AGACUUUUUUAUUAAAGGCAUGAAUCUUUUCUUUCCAGGGACGAUGGAAUGGCCAAAUAUGGAUGGAUUAAAAAAGUUGUUGGCGACCUUUCCCUCCCCAAUUCGACCACCUUUGCCAAGCUAUUGGAUUCAUGCAUCCGAUCAAAAUCCCUGCGUGACGGUCAUCGUGUUCACGCCCGCCUUAUCAAAACCCGUUUUGCAUCUGAAAUUUUCAUUCAAAAUCGACUAAUUGAUAUGUUUGCGAAAUGCGGCUGUCUAGAUGAUGCCCACAAGCUGUUCAAUAGAAUGCCCGAGAAGAAUACCUUCACGUGGAAUUCGAUGAUAAGUGCAUUAACAAAAUCAGGUUUUCUUGAUGAAGCUGAGCGUCUCUUCAGGUUAAUGCCGGAGCCUGAUCAAUGCUCUUGGAAUUCAAUGGUAUCGGGUUUUGCUCAACAUGAUCGAUUUGUGGAAGCUCUGGAAUUUUUUGUGAAGAUGCAUAGGGAGGAUUUUGUACUCAAUGAAUACACGUUUGGUAGUGCUCUCAGUGCUUGUGCAGGGUUAGUCCAUUUAAAAAUGGGUACCCAAAUCCACUGUUCGAUCUUCAAAUCUCCAUUCUUAGCUGAUGUUUUUAUGGGUUCUGCGCUUAUUGACAUGUACUCCAAAUGUUGUUGUGUGGUCAGUGCUCAAAACGUUUUUGAUGGGAUGGCUGCAAAAAAUCUAGUGUCAUGGAACAGCUUGAUUACUUGUUAUGAACAGAAUGGUCCAGCAGAUGAGGCUUUGAAAGUUUUUUCUAGGAUGUUGGAAUGUGGGCUUGAACCAGAUGAAGUCACACUAGCCAGUGUUGCUAGUGCUUGUGCUAGCUUGUCAACAAUAAGAGAAGGUUCACAAAUUCAUGCCCGUGUGGUCAAAUGUGAUAAGUUCAGGGUUGAUCUAGUGUUAGGCAAUGCAUUGGUUGACAUGUACGCAAAAUGCAGUAGAAUUAAAGCAGCAAGGUUUGUUUUUGAUAGGAUGCCAGUUCGAAAUGUGGUGUCUGAGACCUCAUUGGUCAGUGGUUAUGCUAAGGCUGCAAGUGUGAAAGCUGCACGAUUAAUGUUCACAAAGAUGACAGAGCGAAAUGUGGUAUCUUGGAAUGCACUUAUUGCUGGUUAUACACAGAAUGGGGAGAGUGAAGAAGCAGUGAGACUGUUCCGUCUCUUAAAGAUGGAAUCUGUCUGGCCAACACAUUACACAUUUGGAAAUACCCUUAAUGCCUGUGCGAACCUUGUUGAUCUACAGCUUGGCAAGCAGGUUCACAGUCAUAUUCUGAAGCAUGGAUUUCAAUUUCAGUCAGGUCCAGAAUCUGAUAUCUUUGUGGGAAAUUCUCUUGUGGACAUGUACACAAAAUGUGGAUCGAUUGAAGAUGGGAGAUGUGUGUUCGAAAAGAUGGUUGAAAGAGAUCAUGUUUCAUGGAAUGCCAUAAUUGUGGGUUAUGCACAAAACGGGUAUGGCAGUGAAGCGCUUGACAUCUUCAGGAAAAUGUUGGAGAGCGGGGAGAAACCUGACCAUGUCACUAUGAUUGGAGUCCUAUGUGCCUGUAGCCACACAGGCCUGGUUGAGGAGGGGCGUCGGUAUUUCCAUUCAAUUACAAUGGAUCAUGGUUUAGUAACAUCAAAGGACCAUUAUACUUGUAUGGUUGAUCUUCUUGGUCGCUCUGGUUACCUUGAUGAAGCAAUGAAGCUCAUAGAGAACAUGCCAAUGCAACCUGACACUGUAAUUUGGGGGUCCUUGCUUGCAGCCUGUAAAGUUCAUGGAAAUAUUGAGAUGGGUAAGCAUGUGGCUGAGAAGCUCUUGGAGCUUGAUCCCAAGAACUCUGCUCCAUAUGUUCUUCUCUCAAAUAUGCAUGCUGCGCUUGGAAGAUGGGGGGAUGUUGUGAGAAUAAGGAAGUUGAUGAGACAGCAUGGGGUUGUUAAGCAGCCAGGCUGUAGCUGGAUUGAAAUACAAAGCAAGUUGCAUGUUUUCAUGGUAAAAGAUAAAAAACAUCCACAAAGGAAAGAAAUAUAUGCAUCUUUGAGGAUACUUAUAGAACAUAUGAAGCGAGUUGGGUACAUCCCAGAUACUGGAUCUGCUGCUGUAGAGAUCUGUGAGGAACCAGAGAAUUUGGAAUUAACUUCAUGUUCUCAAAAUGAAAUGCUAGCAGUUGCAGCAUUAGGAUAAUCAGUCUGAGCAUUACUUAGAAGGUAUUGGGGGAUUCUGGUUAAUUAAAUCAUGUCUAUUUAGAUUGUUGUCUUUUAUUGAUUGAACUAAGCAAAUGGUUAGAAACCAACGUUAUACUUGCAUUUGUAAUUUAACUUGAAGCUCAAAUUAUAUAUAUGGAUUACAAUUUUCUUCAGAA